AAAUUUCUUCUUCCUCUUAGAAAAGCACAAGCAGUGCAAGAGAGAAGCUUCAGCUUAAAGACAGAAGACUGACACAGAGACGACAAGGAAAAACUGUAUUUUCAGCUUCUCUGAGAAAAGAUGUCUUUCCAGUCCGAGGAGGAUCUUUCCUGUCCCGUCUGCCACGACAUCUUUAGGGAUCCAGUUUUCCUGAUAUGCAGCCAGAGCUUCUGCAAGACGUGUCUGAAGAACUGCUGGGCACAGAAGCUGGAACAGCAGUGCCCAGUCUGUAAGAAUAUAUCUGAACAGAGUGACCCACCCUGUAACUUUGUCCUAAAGAACCACACUGAAGCUUACUUACAGGAGAGGGAUCCGAGUGCUUCAGUGGAGUCUGAGGUUCUGUGCAGUCUGCACCACGAGAAACUCAAACUCUUUUGUCUGGACCAUCAGGAGCCAGCAUGUGUCAUCUGUCGUGAUUCGAGAGCACACGUCGACCCACAAGUUCAAACCCAUUGAUGAGACUGUGCAGGAUCACAAGAAAGAGCUUCAGAAAGCCCCGAAACCAUUACAGGACAAACUGAAGGUCUUACAAAAAGUGCAAGGAAACUUUGAUAUAACACAGCAAUGCAUUAAAUUCCAAGAUCAACACAUAGAGAAGCAGAUCAAGGAGCAGUUUAAGAAGUUUCACCAGUUUCUACAUGAGGAAGAGAGGGUCAGGCUCACUGCUUUGAAGAAGGAAGAGCAAGAGAAGAGUCAGAAGAUAAAGGAGAAGACUGCAGCUUUGAGCAGAGAGAUGCCAGCUCUUUUACAAACGAUAGGAGGUGCAGAGGAAGUGCUGAGAGCUAAAGAUGUCUCAUUCCUGCAGAACUACAGAGCUACACUGAAAGGUGUCCAGCAGUAUCCCUCAACGGAUGAUCCACCGCUGGUCUCAAAGCUCUUAUAGAUAUGGCCAAGCACCUGGGAAACCUGACUUACAACAUCUGGAACAAGAUGAAGGGGGUGGUUUUUUACGCUCCUGGGACUCCAAAUGCUGCCCAUCCAGAAUGCUCUGUCUCCAAAGAUCUGACCAGUGAGAGGCACCAGCUUCCUGACAAGCCAGAAAGGUUUUGGAUUCUGUCCACUCACGAUGCCAGCAAAGUACGAGCCAGCGGCCCUGGGCUGACCAGCAGUGUCUCUGCCACAUUUCCUGCUGAGUUUAACAUUGAUGCUAAAGAUGGUGGCCAGGGCCAACUGAGCGUGCUCAUCACAGUCUGUAUCAGACACACUUAUAUACACACGCUAAAACAGAUAUCUCACUUUAACUUCUGUUCCUUCCUCUUCAGGACCAGGGGGGUAAACAUAACCAGGCCAACAUCCAUGACAACGGUGACGGUACAUACCGGGUAUCAUACGUCCCCGACUGUGCAGGCUGGUACACCAUCAUUAUUAAAUAUGGAGGUGAUGACAUCCCAGCAUCACCCUACAGAGUCCAUGCCACAUCAGCUGGUGCUGCCAGCAGGUGCGCCAUGAGUGGUCCUGACAUGCAUCCCACUUUGGCUUUUGGUGAGGAGAUGUAUUUAGAAUAGAAUAGAAUAGAAUAGCUUUUUAUUGUCACUGUUACAAGAACAGUGAAAGGCAGUUUGGCAUCUCUCCGUGUGUGUGAAGUACACAAUAGCGUAAGUAUUUACACAAUGAC